CGUUUGCUUUAUGGGUUUGGAGGCCGAGUUAUCUGGUGCGUAUGUGUUUGGUGGCACCGUGGCGUCGUCUCCACCAGCCCGCUGCCGUUUCCUCCCCAGGGGCCGAGAGGCUGAUCCGCCACCUCCGAGCCCACCGGGUGCCCAUCGCCGUGGCCACCAGCUCCGGGGCCAGCUCCUUCGAGAUGAAGACCCGCAGCCACCAGGACUUCUUCCGCUUGUUCGACCACGUCGUGCUGGGGGACGACCCCGAGGUGAGGAGCGGCAAGCCGGACCCCGACAUCUUUCUGGUCUGCGCCCAGCGCUUCUCUCCUCCGGCUCCCGUGGAGAAGGUGCGUCCUGCCGGGCGGGAGGGGAGGGUGGCCGCCGCCGGAGGACCAUACUGUGUUUUCACGGAUACAGUACGGAUCAGCGGGCUGUUUGCUGCAUCAGUGGGAGCCGCAGGGAGCGACGACCAGCGCAUGACCAGGGACCCCGGUAUUCUCCACGCCGAGCCCCCCCGGACUGGCGCGUUUGCGGAAGGAUCCGCGGCGCCCCAGAGGAGACAGACGACGCCACAGGUGACCGCCGACUUCCCGGUCUCCCGUGCACGGGGACACAGCUUGUCCCCAGAGCUCCCUGCGAUGCCGGGGUCCGCACUCAACGGCGUCACCCACUGA